GAGGUUUCGGGGAUUUUUUUUUUUUGGGAUUCAUUCUUCGCUUUUUUGCAUAACCGGUUCCGAGAGGAUCUCCUUGUGAAGUGGGUCGUCGCGGGAUUUGUCCUUGACGCGUGAACGGGAUCGUCCCUUUCCCACGAAGAUUCCCGGGAAGGUCAACCGGAGUGUGAGUGCAUCGAAAGUGAGAGUGCAGUAACGGGACCUUCCGAUGCACCCCCGAGAGGAGUAGGGGGAAUUCGAGUAUAUAACAGCGUCCUCGAGUGCGAAGAAGCAGAAGAAGACCCCGCAGACUCCGGUUCGCAGACUCUCGAACUGGAGCAAACGAAAGCGAAAGUGGUGAACCAAUCCGCGAAGGAUUCUCCCUCCCGCUGAACAGGUGGUGGUGAGAGUUGGCUCGCCGCGAUCUUCGGUGGCUCUACUGGCCGCCUCCAAAACUCCAAAUCUACGCUCCAAAGGUACCGCCCCCCGGUACUCCCCCACCGUGCGCGAUCGUGUAGGACACUACCCCACGCAGAGAGCGCGAUCGGCUCUCUGAGUACUCGCGAUCGUUCGGCUAUACUCUCGCUCUCUCGCGUUCGCGACUUCGUGCGCCGAACUUGGCGCGAUCGCGCCCGCUCUCUCUCUCUCUAUUGUGUGGUCAGUGUCGCAGCAUCCACCGAGAGGAUCGCGAAGAUCGCACAGUGCUAUCAAAAGCUUUCCGGAUGCGAACCGCGAAGCUUCUCCGGCGAUCCCCGUCCUGCUGUCGCGCUAGCAAGUUCUGCUGAAGAAGAGGCGCGCGCGCGUUACGGUGUCGAGUGAGGUCUUGAGGUGAAAACGAAAGUGAAUCUGCCGAGCGCGCACGAGGUGCGGCGUUGAAAGUGAAACUGAUUGGAGGGUUUGAUGUUAAGGAGGUGAUCAACUCUGGAUGUUUGUUGUGGGGGAAAGGUUCUACGACAAGGACUGUCCGUGAUCCUACAGUGAGUGGAUAUCGAGGAAAAUUGUGGAUUUUGGAAGGAAGAACUGUGAGUGUGUGGUAAGGCUGAACCAGCCACCCCGAAGCGAAGCAGAAGGAUUAACAUUGCGACUGCGGUGAAGUGGUUUCCGUGCUGGAGGAGGAACAAGAUCAGCACCAGAGGGUCCUAGCACCUUCAACAGGUCUGAAGCUCUCUCUCUCUCUUUAUAUCUCUCUUAUCUAUGAUUGCUGUUGUCUUGUGUUUUUCUUGAUAUCUGGAUGUUGUGCCGCUUGCCGCUUUAGUUUUGCCAGUAGUGCUUGUGUGAAACACUUUUUCCGUUUACAAUCCUUGAGUUCUUGCUCCCCGCCUUUUAAUACGCCGAACCGAACCAUGAAGUCAACGCCGUUCAAGUGAUGAUCUGUGCAAGUUGAGAAGGGCAGUACAGGACAGGACAUGCGAUCCCGUCUGGCGUCGUUGAUUGUCGUGAAGCAGGAACCACUGGACGAUUACGGAGUGGUGCCACCGGUUGGGGCUGUGGAGUUGAACAAUAACGGCAGUGGUGUCAGUAGUGCCGGUCAGUACCGGGUCGGUCAGUCGGUCAGUGGACAUGGGUACUCGUGCUACGCGUUCGGUAAUCCGGUGCCGUCGGUCUGCUAUGGCGGCCAGCAAGAUCUGAACAACAACAACCAGCAGCAGUCCCAGGCGCAGCAGGAUUUUCAUUUGUUUCACGAGAAAAAGUGUGCUCCACAACUUCUGUCGCAAGUUGUAAACUCACCACCGCCGUCGACGCCAAGGGUUGCCGGUCCGACGUCGCCACCGGCCUCGAGCCCCGAGAAAGGUCCUGCGACCACCACCAGCCGGCGGAAAGCAGCAUCCGGUGAAGCCGCGACCACCGGUUCCACGACCGCCGCCACCACCACCUCUGCUGGCAGUGGCAACACCAGCAUGUUACUGCUGCAACCUCAGGCUACUUCUUUUAGUUCGGUUUCUUCGUUUGAUUAUUUACUGUCGCAGCAGCAGAACCACCCCGAGCAAUCGUACCAUCAGCUGGGUUCGUUCGGAAGUCCCAGCAGCAGUCAUCUACAGCCUUCACAUCCACAACAGCAGCAGCAGCUGAGUCCCGAGCUUCUGCCGACCUCCCAGCAGUUGGACAAGCUCGCGGAGCUGUUUGCACCGCCACCCUCGUCCCAAACCCCGACAGUCGAGUCCGAGUCGUACCUGGACCAGACGCAACAUUCCAACAGCUCGAGCGAUACCUUGGUGGGCUACGAGGAGAAUCCGUCCAGCUUUGGCGGCUCCAGCGAUAGCAUCCCAGCUGCGUUGCUGAAGGGUGGUUACAAGGAAGAAAGUCUCACCGAGUUGCAGGGUCCGUUUCCUCAGCGAUCACAAAUCACCGAACCCGAUCAGGAUCUCCUGUUGGAGACUUCGUCAACAGAGGAGCUUGGAUUGCUGACGCUUCGAUCGAGCAGUGACCCCGUACUCGCGAGCAGCGCGCGUCAUCAACAGCUUAUCCAACAACAACCAAUCCAACGACCCACGGGACGAGCUCCAGCGACCGAUAUACCUGGCCCAAGUGGCGCAGCCAGUAACAUCAACUCGAUCUUACCAAGCUUCCAGGACACGUACCAGAUCAAGUUCAACCAGCUGGCAAACUUUGGGCUCAAAAUGGACGAGGACUGCUUCAAGAUCGCGGCUUCACCACACCACCAAAGCGUCGCAUACGGUCACCACGGAGGUUACGGCCCCGCCCAUCACGCCGCAGGCAUCCACCAGGGUCACUACGAGUUCCCGCCGCAGCCGGCCCAGCCCACGACCCAGUACAGCAACCCCCCACCGACCACGGGAGGGUUCUACUCACCUGCGUACGAACCGCAUGCCACGGUAAGUCCUGCCGCCGUCCAGAUCCCCAGCAACACCACACUGACCGCUUCCCCCGCUCCACAGAACUACGGUGCUGUAACGCCCCAAGAUUCCUACUCCCUGCCACCCUUCCCGACGAUCGCCGAGCUGCACGUGUCCACGCCGUAUCGACGAGCCUCACUACCACUGCAGCGCUCAGAGUCCACGUCCAGCAGCGAAAGCCCAAAACCACCCCGAGUGGGAAUCUACAAGUACUCAGCCCUACCGAGCGCCUCCAGCUCAGCAUCCAGCUCACCAGGAUACAUCAACAACAACAACCCCAACACGGUCAACAACAAUGAGGUCGCUGCUGCAGCGGCCGCCGCCGCCGCUGCUUCCGGCGGUUGCAUAACUCCAGCUCCACCCCGAGGAACCACCCCCCAGAGCCCCUCCCAACUGUGCGCGGUCUGCGGCGAUACGGCAGCCUGUCAGCACUACGGCGUCCGAACCUGCGAGGGCUGCAAAGGCUUCUUCAAGCGAACAGUACAAAAGGGCUCCAAGUACGUCUGUCUGGCGGACAAGGCCUGCCCCGUUGACAAACGACGACGAAACCGGUGUCAGUUCUGCCGCUUCCAAAAGUGUCUCGCCGUCGGCAUGGUCAAGGAGGUGGUUCGCACCGACUCGCUCAAAGGACGCCGCGGUCGGCUACCGUCCAAGCCAAAGUCCCCCCAGGAGUCCCCGCCGAGCCCGCCCGUCUCGAUGAUCACCGCCCUGGUGCGGGCCCACGUCGACACCACUCCCGAUCUCGCCAGCCUGGACUACGCCCAGUACCGCGAACCUGGCCAAAACGAACCCAUCAUCUCGGAGGCGGAAAAGGUCCAGCAGUUCUACAACCUCCUCACCACGUCCGUCGACGUGAUCAAGCAGUUCGCCGACAAGCUGCCCGGCUUCAGCGAUCUCAGCCCCGACGACCAGGAGCUGCUGUUCCAGUCGGCCUCGCUCGAACUGUUCGUGCUGCGGCUGUCGUACCGGGCGCGCAUCGACGACACCAAGAUGACCUUCUGCAACGGGGUGGUGCUGCACAAGCUGCAGUGCCAGCGCUCGUUCGGCGACUGGCUGAACGCGAUCCUCGAGUUCAGCAAGAGCCUGCACUCGAUGGAGAUCGACAUCUCGGCGUUCGCGUGCCUGUGCGCGCUCACGCUGGUCACAGAACGCUACGGCCUGCGGGAACCGAAGCGCGUCGAGCAGCUCCAGAUGAAGAUCAUCAGCAGCCUGCGCGACCACGUCACGUACAACUCGGAAGCGCAACGCAAGCCGCACUACUUCAACCGGCUGCUGGGGAAGCUGCCCGAGCUGCGAUCCCUCAGCGUGCAGGGCCUGCAGCGGAUAUUCUACCUGAAGCUGGAGGACCUGGUGCCGGCGCCGCCCCUCAUCGAGAACAUGUUUCUCGCCAGUUUGCCGUUCUAAGGCCGCGGAGACGAAAAGACUUGACGUUGAUUCGAAGUUUCAUCUUGAUCAUGAUUCAGUUUUUCAUCGCGUUUGUUUGCAAACUUUUUUACAAUCGCGCCCAGUGAGGAACUCAACUAGCUAAGUUUGAAGCGUCAGGUUAAGAUCAUUAUUUGUUCUAACGUUAAAGUAAAUGUGCGUACGAUUUUAAGCCCAAUGCGUGUGAAACAACUAAGAUAUGUUUCCAAUCAAUCACUUUACAGUAGCUUAGAUUCUCAUGUAUAUCAAUCGGUGUGUCCCAAAUCAGACCUAUUAGCGUGUACGUAGUAAUGUUUCUUGCAGUUUAUUGUGUAAAUAGUACUCCUAAAUGUUAGCAAGUAAGAACACACACACCUAUACAAAUAAGUCGUAUUUAUGGAGCUUGGCAAAUUUUACGGAGUGGCGUGAUUUUUGUACGAAAAAAUAACAUGAGGUUUUAUGCACUUAAAAGACACUUUUUAUACUGAUUUUGUUUAUUUACAGAGCGCGAGAUUAAACAAAUACAAACAAAAUAUUUAAAACAAAAAAAACAUGGAAGAAAGAAUUGAGCUGUAGAAACUGAUUGACGCAACGAAUCGUGACAAAAUGAGAGGAUUAAGAACUGGUAGUACAAAUUUUAAAUAAUUCAACAAAAUAAACAAAAUCAAUAUACGUUUCUUUAAACACGUGGGAGAAUGAAUGCGAAGGCGCGCGCUUGCGACACAAACCGUCAAAACGCAUACAGAGACAGAUAUCAUGACAAAUGUGUAGGGUUAAGCUCGAAACCUGUAAAUGUGGACCGCAACAAAAAAAUAACCUAGAAAGAAGAAAAAAGAAUACAAUGCGAUAUGAUUAUGCUAGUCCAUUACGUUAGAUUUUUAGGUUUUAAAAAUCUCCUCCAAUGGAUAUUUCCGCGAAUGCAAUUUUACAAAACAAACCUUAAAAUAACUUCCUUGCCCAACCCGCAGUUUCCGAACCGCAAACACACACACAGAGAAAGCUGAUUCCCAAUCGAUAAGUUUAAAUCUAGCUAAGAUAACAAUACUCAAUCCAGUGAGCACAAAUUUACUACUUGCCAGAUAGUUGCUAAGUUUGCUAAAGUGUAAGCGACAGAUAUUUUUUUUAAACACACACACAACACUAAGCUAAGCAUAACAACAAAUUUACGUUACCAGAACUUGCCAUUGAUCUUAUUUUGUUAAACAGAAGAAAAAAAAUAUUAUUACGUUUUUGUUUUGUUUGAUUUUACACACGAUAAUCACAUAUCUCUUAGCCCUUAGGAUGUACACAUUGAAGGAAGAGAAACACAGAAUCGCAUAAAGGUUAAUUUCCCGAGGGUUGUUUUUAAGGAUUUGCACAAAAAUAGAAAAAUAUUCUAAUAUUAUCCUCAAAAAUGUAUAAUUUUCUUUGUUUUUACUGCCAAAACCUGAAAUUUGUCAAAUUUAUGUUUUUUAAAGUUUCGCAAAGUUUUCUCACAACAUCAAAAACUCGUAGCAAGACAGUGAGCGAAAGAGCAACUCUCUUCUUUUAUAUUUUGCUAUGCUUUCUUUGUUAUACUUUGCUAUGCUCCCGUUUUUUUUUUUUUUCAGAGCAAGAAGGAACUGGAAAACAAAUGAGAGCAAAGCAGUGAAAGCCGGAAGAAAGAGCGAAAGAAAGUCUUUCGCUCGCGGGCUUGUCAUUUUUAUGUUUGUUUUUUUUUUGCAAAGAAGAUUUUUUUUAUAAUAAAAAUAUGUUGUAAACUUACAAAAUUAUUCAAUUCAAAAAUCAUUCUUGAUGUUUUCAUCUAAAAAUCUUAUCAAACCUUCAAAUGUUAUUUGCCAAAUUUACAUAAUUAAAAUUUUAUUUCUACUAGAUUUUCUCACAUAACCUAAUACUUGUAACAUAACAGUGAGCGAGAGAGCAACUCUCUUGUAUUUAAGAUUCCCGCAGAGCUAUGCUCCCGUUUUUUCCAGAGCAAAUGUAAACUGGAGUACAAAUGGGAGCAUAGCAGAGAAAACCAGAAAAUAGAGCGAAACGGACGUUGCUUUCUCGAUUGCGGUGUUGUUUUUUUUUUGCAAAAAUUACAGCAUUUAUUAAAAUAAAAGCAAAACAAGUUGUGAACUAACAACAAUUAUAAAAAUCAAAUUACUUAGUCAAAGAAUUUUGUAAUCAUUUAAAAUGUAUAUUCUUGUAUAAUUCAGGCAUGUUUGAGAGCCUUAGUUUUUGAAAAUUUGAAAUUUUGAACGCUCGCAGAUGAAAGGUCAGAUGUUUUGUAAACAAUAAUAUUUGAGCUCAUGAGGACUUAGCUCAAAAUUGUGCCAUUUUGUAGCAAACGCGAAUUCUGGCGAUCUGGAUUUUUAAAAAAGGGUCCAAUACACUAAAUUUUAUUUAUUUUUUGUUCUUUUUGAGUGUUUUUGAAACCGCUUUAAGUCAGGGGAAUUCAAAAACAACCAAAAAGCAAAAUUUGUUUGGUUUGUUUCACCUUUUUAAAAAACGCCCCAAAAUUGUACCAUUCUUUUAAAAAUCCUCUUCGGAUUGUGUUAACAUUUACUUCAUUAAUAUUUUUGAGGAUAUUACACUUUCAAAAAAAAAAUAUAUAUUAAAGCAGCAAACAAGUUUUUACAAUAAUCUUCGUGUCUAUUUAUGAAUAUUUAUUUGUAAAUUUGCAGCUUGGAUUAUUUUUUGUCAAAAAUAAUCAAAAUUGAGAAUAAGAAAACUUUUCAAUUUUUGUGCUGAUCUUAAUGGAAUACCCUUAAAUAAAACAAAACAUAUAAACCAAAUUGAUAACGAAAAAUCGAAAAUGAGAACAAAUAUAUUCACGGAGAAAAAACUGCCAUUUCAAUCAAAAAAAGCAUCAUGAUAGGGUCCCUUCUACCACAGACAUGGCACGACCUUUUCCCUUCGAUUCUCUCGCAGAAAUGCCCCUUACAAAACAACAUUACAAAAUAACACAAAUAGAAAAAUGAAAUAUGUCGAAAAUGGAACCUUACCGAACAAAAAACGUCACUUGUGCCUACACAAAUGUAUAACUUUUACUUGAAAACACGUAGCAUAACCCACAGCAAAAUGUCCUUCAGAGAAAAAAAAAGUAGUGAAAAUCCCGGACCAAAAUUCCAUGCCUCCACAAAAAAAGUACAGAACAUUGAACGAUGAUAGUAGGUAUAUUUUGAUACAUUAUUCCAAAAAUAAUUCCCCGACCUUUCCCGGACAAGUAGCAAACACCUAAAAGUGCCAUUUGAACAAGAGAACUAAACAUGAAAGAUAGAGGAAAAGUGCAGGAAAAAACGUUUAACCGGAUCUGGAUGCCUUUAAAUUUGUCUAAUGAAUCAUAUUAAAAGGGAAGAGACAUUAAACAAAGAACCCAAAAAAAGUGCGGAAAAUGAUACAAGGAUUUAUAGCGCGGACUCACUCUUUCAGCCGAGCAGUAGAUUUUUUUGGAAUCACUUUUAAAAGCGGACUUACCGUGAGUGCGAGAGUACGAUUACACCCUAUUCGGAACAUUUCGUAGUUUCUAGGUUACAAAACGAUAAAUUUAGCGCGUCAAAAUUGGUAGUGAUAACGUGGAUUCCUUUUUAUUCUAGGACAUAUUUGUGAUAUAAUGAUAACGUUUGAGUUUAAAAAAUAAACAAAAGAAAAUCUCACGAACUAAUUAUUGGUUUAUUUUCAACAAGUAAAAUUACAAUCGAAUAUUUACAGCAAACGAAUUCGUAUACACUAAGUUCAACUAAAUUUACUAUACACUGAUGAAUCUGGAAACGAUUGGACAUUUUAACUUAUUCUAAAUUUUUACCUUGCUAAAACGAAUAUAUAUUUUUGUGUAUCACAGAAGAGCCAAUUGACCGAACGAACAUAAAAUUUAAACAAAAAAAAACUUAACCUUUAGGACCGCAAGAGAGUUUGA